AUGGAGUUUGAGCCGCCAGCAGACCCUUUUGAACUUGAUGUUCUCCAGGAGCCUGCUUUCUUUGCGAUUGAUCCUAUUAAUCCUUUAGAGAGGUACCCGUGGGAUGAUGCCCUACCCGAACUCGCGCCGGGGCUCUUUGAAAAACCCCUAAAUCUAUUCAAAAAUGACGGUGUAGAAGUACAUACGUUGAAUAUCUUUGGAGAUGAGAAACUAGAAGACCCGAGCCCACCGAGCGUAGCCGGUUCUUCAGCCGGUUCUGCACAGCAUGACAGUCAGGAAGAAUCCACGAAUGACGGCUCUGGUGAGGAUAUAUGGUCACUGGAUAACAUUCCUGCAUUUCCCACUACAGGAUACGAGUUGCGCUCUUGGGAUGUUUUCCCAGAUAUCUGGAAAGAGCAAUCUGGUCCAGCCUGCCUGAGCGAGGCUGGACCUCGUGGAUUUGAUGCGGCGUUAAUAUAUCAAGCCACGAAUACCGGCCUUGAGGAUUCAGGACGAGUUGCAAGGACUGAUGUCUUCAUUUCUUCCCUUUUCAAACUUGGACUUGGCUGGAACUCUGUAUUUUUCAGAUACAAUGAGCAAUGUCGAACAUUUGAAAAGUACUUGAGAGAUGUUCGCGUAUCAGGGAUCAGUUUACCAGCGAUAGAUGGCCUGACUGAAGGUAUUCUAGAGUGCGGGACUUGGAUGCGGAAGCUUCGUCAAUUCAUUGCUACUAUCCCAACCCAGUCAGGUACACCACUUUCCCUGGCCUGUCUUUCCCGAGCAGUUUUCAUACUAUUAUACAGUAUUGACGAACGACUUUCUGCGCAAUCAAAGACCAAUCCAUCCCUGCUCCAGACACAGAUUUACUUUAGCCGGAUAGGUUGUCUCGUCAAAUGUUUGAUGGACAUUGUCCAGAAUGUGACCAGACUUUCGACUGACGCACAGGUUAUAUCAGUUGUUUUUGCGAAGUGUGAUCAAUACUCACAUCAACACUUGUGGCUUGCAGACAUAUUCCAUGAGAUUAUGGGUGCCACUGCUAGCUUAUGGCUUCACCGUGUAGCUCAGUGGAUUGGUCUGCGGCCAGCCGGAGGCCAAUUCAAUGCCUCCCAGGAAUUCGAUCCGGGGUAUAUUGACGAAUAUACCACUGAAGAAACGACAUUUAGCCCGAAAUCAAUGCCGAGUUUUAUUUCCCGCGAAGAUGCAGAGGUGAUUUACGAGACUGGAGCCGGCCUGAAUCUCCUGAGGACCUCCCACAAGGGACAUCCGCUGGCGGAAGUUCACCAAAAAGAAAAUACGUCUUCCCUGACCCUAGAGUGGGGGCUUACAUGGGAAGAUAUUGACAAAAUCCAACUUAAAGCAAAGGGCUACGAGGCUUGUCUCCGCGAUGAAAUUUUGAAGUAUAACAAAACCAUCAAAAUGUCUAAUUCAGGACGCCACACUCCAAAGGAAUAUACCUUUGGCUACGUACCAAACGAGGAUAUAUCCAUCGAUGCUAUAUAUGAAAUACCCGAUGUUGAAACUUGGCCAGAUUCCUCAGGACAAAAUAUGGGUGACCGCCAAGUGAAGUCCAGCAGACUCUACGAGCUUCUAAAGGAAGGGUCAUGUGCCGAUAUCGACAAGAGCCUUGUUGUAGAGCAUACGUUUGGCCCACCCCUGGAAUCGGCACCAUCCUUAUCAUUUGCUCCCGUCAUCUUGGCGCAAAGCCGUCUCGUGAACUUCUCCUGUCUCCAUCUGUUAUUCAAGGUCCACAAGGUUAGAGAUCACCUGCAGCUACAGGAACGAUUCCAACUUCUCGGAAAUGCAGAGUUUCUGCUACGCAUAUCUCUAGCUCUUUUCGACCCAAAUAUGCAUAGCGGUGAGCGGAAAUCCGGUGUUGCGAGAGGCGGUUCGUCUACCGGUCUACGGCUUGGGAAUCGAAACACCUGGCCCCCAGCGAGUUCUGAGCUUCGUUUGGUUUUGACAGGGCUUCUAUCUGAGUGUUACGCUGGUAACGACAAGGGCGAUCAUCACUUGGAUGGUUCAAGAGACCUACCAGGUGGCCUGAGCUUCUCUAUCCGUGAGCUUACUGGAGAGGAGCUAGAGAGCUGCAAGAACCCACACUCGCUUGAAGCUCUUGAUUUUCUUCGAAUACAGUAUACCCCACCCUCGCCAUUAGAGGAGGUAAUAACCCCUCUCAGCCUAGAGAAGUAUGACCUGAUAUUCAGGCAGCUUCUCAGGCUGAUAAGGAUGCUCUCCGUUGUGCGCGAUCUGAUUCGUGGCCCAUCGGGCCGACAGACAACCAGCCGGGAAAAGAUAGAGCAAAGAUUUCGCUUGGAAGCAUUCCACUUUGUCCAGGUGGUUAGCGACUACUGCUUCCAGGUUGGAAUAAACCAUCCGUGGCAACAAUUUGAAAAGAGACUAUCACAGAUCGAAAGGUGCAUCGACGCCGGCAACGUAGAAGGCACUAUCACCCAUGCAAAAGGGCUUCGUCGACUAAAAGAAUACCACGAACGGGUUCUCGAUAGAAUUAUAUUCGCCCUGUUCCUGAGCAAGGGCCAGGUCAAGGCCCGGAAUCUGCUCGAGGAUGUCCUCCGAUCCAUCCUUGCGUUUUCCUUCCAUGUCAAGGCAUAUCAGGAGCGACUUGACAUCGCCAUGGCAGGGGGUAAGAUGCCAUCAUCCAAGACAACAGCAUACUACGAUCGAUCGAUUUGCGAACUAUACACGCGAUUCAAAAAGCAAGUCGGUGGAUUCAUCUGCUUCUUACGUAGCCUGGAUGCGGGCGGUGUCAAGAAUAUGAUCGAUCACGAUGACAUGGAUGCAGCAGUCGAUAAUAUAGAUCUGAACAGCGUCUUUGAGCAUCUUCUGCUACGACUGGAUAUGAAUGACUUUUACUGA